AUGUACCGGUACUUGAAAUGCGACCGUGGAAGGAGAGAAAACAAUUCUAAGGAUCCAGAGACCGCAAAAUGGCCAAACACCAAGAGUAAGGCAUGUGGUUGUCGGUUUGUGAUUAAGUGUGAACAACAACGAGUAGAAGAAGAUAAUUGGGUAAUUGAGUUGCUUAAUGAUCGCGGCACACAUAACCAAGAAUUAAUUGUGUACCCGGAGGGUCACCGCGGUGUUAGUGGUCUUAGUCAAGGUGCUAAGGAAGUUAUUCGUGAGAUGAACGAUGCACAAGCUAAACCAAAACACAUUAUGGUGUCCAUUAAGAACAAGUAUCCAGAAGAACAUCCCAACAUGAGGCACAAUUACAAUUUCAAAGAUAAGAUUCGACGAGAAGGUUCUGAAGGAAGAAAUGUGGUUGAACAGAUGUUGCAUCUAGCGAGAGAGCACGGCUACAUAAAUUGGGUCUCAUGUAAUGACCGUUCGAAUAAAGUCAUUACUCGUCUCUUCUUAGCUCACCCUGCCAUGGUGGAGAAUUUCAUGAUUGCCUACGCAUUUAUGAAAGACGAGACUUCAACAAGCUACCGUUGGGUGUUAGAGAAGUUGAAGCUGCUCCUCGGGGAGGGUGUCACUCCCACGGCUAUUCUAACGGAUAAAGAGGGUAGUCUAAUGAGACCGGUCGCCGAGGUUUUCCCACGUUCGAGACAUUUGCUUUGUACUUGGCAUAUCAACAACGACGUGGAGGCCCAUGUUGCACUAUUGUGCAACAAGAACAAGGAUGUUGGUGCUGCGUUCAAGAACGGAGUUUGGAAAAGAAUCAUGGAGGCAGCAACUGAGGCAGAAUACGAAAGUGCAGUUGUGGUGAUGGAAGAUCGUUACGGGAGAUGGCCGGCCGUUAUCGAUUAUGUGCAUAAAACAUGGCUUACUCAUCAUAGACAGAAGUUUGUUCUAGCUUGGACAAAUGAGGUCCUUCACUUCGGCAACAUCAUGACUUGUCGGGUGGAGAGUCAACACUCCGUCGUUAAGAGUUGGCUUGGGAGUUUGCAAGGGUCUUUGGAUACUGUUUUUAGAAAAGUGCAUGCGUCAAUCAACUAUCAAGUUACAGAGAUUAAAAUUGGUUUAGAGAUCUCGAGACGACGACAUGGUGUUCUGUUCAAGCAUUAUCUAUACCAACAACUUAUUGGUCGUGUGUUUCAUCAUGCUUUAGAGCUUAUUUUGGAUGAACGUACGAGAAUGCUACAUUUAAGUACAGAGGUCUUUGAGAGGUGCGGUUGUGCUAUGUUGACGACCCAUGGACUCCCUUGUGCUUGCCGCAUAUUUACGGUGCUCCAAGGCGGAGUUGGGAUAUACAUUGAUCUUGUACAUCGAUUUUGGAGGACCUUGGAGAUUGGAGAAGGGGAUAACAUUCCAGAAAUCGUGGCGGACUCCGCCCAAGUUACUGAGCAGUUCCGGUCACUUGUCGAUGAUGUAUUGGCUCGAGCUAUUGUCGUUAUUCGAGACAUAUCAAGGAUCGUUCACGAUGAGUUACAUCCAGAGCAUGCGGGUUAUGAGGAACCAGAAUUGAUACCGGACUUCAUGUUGCAGUAUAUUAGAGGAUACACUGAUGUUAUACCUGAUGGUAACUGCGGAUUCAGAUGUGUGGCAGAGUUCUUUUUGGGUGAUCAUGAACGCUAUGGCGAGAUUCGAUCAACGGUUGUUGGAGAGAUUAAAAAACUUCCACAACAAUACACCAGAGUCUAUCUUCCAGAAACUAUAUCUAACACAUUGUAUCGAAUAGAUUGGAGAGGUGGACGUUAUGGAGAGGAACAUUGGAUGGUUAGUGAUCCAGACUUAUGGCCGAUCGCUACACACUUCAAUGCAGUUGUUAUCAUCUUCAGUAUCGGCGGUGUAUCCAGUUUAAUCCCUAACAUGACUAUUCUUCCGUUGGAAAACAGAUAUGCAGCAACUAGGCCCUCAAAGGAAAUUGUGAUGAUAUUCUUAAUGUCUCUUAUUAAAAUGCCUACACUGGAUAUGAGUCCCGAUUUUCCAUUACCAUCAAUACCACAUUACUGGAGAGGAUUGGCAGAUUAUGACGUUCGUGAUUGGGAAUCAAGAUAUCAUACAAGGAUUGAAGCUUGGACUCGAUAUGCCAAUGAGUUUAAUUUCAGGAUGGGCAGAUCAUAG